AUGCCUGGCGUCGCAACUUAUCGACAGAUACUGCUCGAGACCGACAACUAUGUUGUUGUUCUAGAUGCUCCAAGUGAUCAGGCGUUGAUCCUACUGAAAUGGGUUAGGUUCAAUAUCGGAAAGCCACUUUCACAAAUUUGGCCUACAAACCAUCAUCAUGAUCAUGCGUUAGGUUUUCGAAGCUUUGUCGAGAACGGAGCUGAGGUUGUCGUCCCUAAGAUGGCUCAGUCAUACCAUGCCGAGAUUCCUGGAGCUGAGUUCGUGACCUGUGAACGCAGUGCGCUUUACGUUGUUCAGACAAGCGAUUUCAGCGCUACAUUCAUCCACGUUGAGGGUAGCAUUCAUGCUCAAGACCAUAGCGUCACCGUGAUCAUGCCUGCCUGCCCCACCAAUGACAGCACUGUUGUAGUGUUCGGUGCCGAUCAUGUAAUUCAGACGCAGCUGAUGGCAACUCAUAACGACCAUGACGAGCUCAGCCAGCUUGUUAAUGCCAUGAUAAAGCAUCGUGUUGCCAAGUCAGCGUUGUGA